AUUAAUUCUGACGUUAUAUUUUAGGUUUCUGAAGCUAUUUCGCACGAUAUUCAUUAUCUUGUAUUUCACUUUCUAAUCGUAGUUGAUAUGUUUGUAUAUGUGUUUUUAUUUAACUAUGCUGGACAAGAAUUUAUGGAUCAUAAUGACCACAUAUUUUCCACUGCAUACAAUGUUCGGUGGUAUGUAACACCAUUACACGUACAGAAGCUAAUAUUAUUUCUCUUGCAAAGGGGUAACAAGACUGUCAGUCUUAAUUUUGGCAUAAUGUUCGUGUUGUCCUUAGAAUUAUUUGCAGCGUUAACGAAGGCAUCGAUAUCUUAUUUUACCGUUAUGUGUUCGAUGCAAUAGCGAACAUUUUUGAUCCAACGACUGCAGUUGUAUAAACGUAUUGCAAUUUCGCACUCAGAGAAAAAAAUCUUUGUUAUGGCAACUUUAAGGUGACAACUAUGCAAGUCGUAUUCAUAGAAUUAUUUUAUAUAGUUAAAUGAACUAUUUUAUAGUUAUUGCAACUAAUUUAAUGGUUAAGAGAACAAAUAUAUAAUUUUUGCACAAACUUUAUUGGAGGAAUAACAUGGACUAUAUAUUUAUAAUUCCACGAACUGUU